AUGGCUGUUUUAUUUUUUUCUGGUGACAUAUUUGAAAUGGUUGGUUCUUCUGUAAAUUCGAAUAUAGCUAUGAUUAUAAUUGGAGUAUUUCAACUAUGCGGUAGUUUACUAGCAUCUGUUUUUAUCGAAAAACAAGGAAGAAAAACGCUUUUACUAAUAUCUACUGUGGUCUGUUCUAUUACCAUGGUUAACCCGGCUAAAUUACUCGGCUUAAUCAUCAUCUAUUAUGACAACAUAUUCUUCUUUUAUAUCAGAUUUCUUUUUUCAUUUCAGUUAUCACUCGGCUUGUACUUUUACUUGGAUCAUGUACAACGACUAGGAAUGGAAAAAGUCGCAUGGUUACCUUUGGUUAUUCUGAUACUAUUUUUUAUUGGAUACGAUUCUGGUUUGGGUGUAAUUCCGAUUGUUCUCAUCGGUGAGAUGUUUACAAGCAACGUCAGGAGUAAGGGUUCAGCUGUUGCUUUGACUUUUGCGUGGAUAGCAGGAUUUCUGGUUUCCAUGGCAUUUGGAAUCAUGGUUGAGAACUUUGGUGGACAUGCGGCAUUUUGGUUCUUUUCAUGUUCAUCUGCAAGCGCAUUUCUAUUUACUGUGUUUUUCAUUCCAGAAACGAAAGGAAAAACUCUUUUAGAUAUUCAGAAAUAUAUGAACAAAAGUUAA